CAUACAGCAGGCAUUCUUCAAAACCUGUCAAACAAAGCUUUCGACAGGUCAAUUUGAAUUGUUGUCCCAGCCCAGCCCAGCGCUCGCACCGCUCGCAGAAGACAUCGCUGGCACCGUGUUGGCCGCCAUUUGAGCGCUUGGUCACAUCGCUGGCACCCACGGCUGGCACCGUGGCCGCCACUUGACCAAGCGCUAAAUAUCGGCCAACACGGUGCCAGCGAUGUCUUCUGCGAGCGGUGCGAGCGCUGGGCUGGUCGCGCCAGGAGCAGGCCCUAUCACGAGCAAGGCGGACGAUGGCGAGCGGUCGCGCUACUGUGCGCAACUCCACGUGCUGCGAGCGGUGGGCGCCAGCGUUCCCAACGCGGACCUGGGCGACGCGGUCUGCAUCGUCCACCAGGCAAACCUGCGGCCGCCCAGAUACCCUGAGGGCGAGGUUGUGCUGGGCGCGAAGUCAGGCGCGCUCUCGGCCGACGUGGGGCCGGUCAACGCGAAGUUCGACGAGCUCUCGGGCAACGUGGGGGCGGUCAAGGCGAAGUUGGACGAGCUCUCGGUCAUGAUGGUCGGUAUCAAGGCGGGGCAGAACAACGUGGUGCACCGCAACAUGAACGGCAACAGCCGGAUGGCGGAGCACAACCUGCAGCCGCUCAAGGCGGAGGAGGGAGAGCACGUGGGCGAGUACCCGACCCAGCCCAACCUAUUCCCGGCGAUGCUGGGGGCGCUGUUCAGCCUCAACAACCCCCAGCUGGACAAGCUGGAGGAGUUCUACAACUGCAAGUUCAAGGGCACCAGCAUGGCGGCGCGGCAGAGCGCCUUCACCGCCUUCAUUGGUGCGCUGUCUGCGCGCCCCUGAGCGGCGGCGUUAUUGUAUGUUUGGGGGGAAGCGGGGAGGACAAGCGUAGAUGAAUCGCAAGUGGGGCCUGGUGCCGUGUCGGCACCUUGGCAUGAACCUGGGGAACGAAAUUGUGAAUUUUGUGGAACAAGGAUGGAACAAUCACAAAGCCCGCCAGUGCAACCAUCCAAAAACUACAACCACUGUGACCUGUAUGUGAAAGUGGCCGACGGCUGGGGCUCCGCCGCGGCCGUGUGCUGCAGUUGGCUUUCCCAGAGUGCUGGGGCACAUCACCCGGGGGGCCACGUGUGCACACGCUCCCAGAUCC